UUUCGUACAUCCCUUCUGACGAAGUUAAAAUUGAAAUUAAAAACAAAGUUAUAAAGGCCUUCCCAAACGUAGAUGAAUUUUCAAUUGACCAGCUUGUUGAUGCGCUCGCCUUGAUUUGGAACAUUGAGACAGGGAAAUGUGAUUCUCCGGGUCCACAAAAUGACCCGUAUGUUAAACUGAAGGUGGAACCCUCCUUUUUCAAAGCACGAUUACCCCGAGGUAUAACCCAAAAAACUCUCACAACAGUUGAUCUGUGUCUCCCUUCUUAUGAAUCUGGAACAGUGAACUAUCAUAAUCCCUUUUAUGAUGAUCAGCAAUUCAAAGAAGCAGUUUCUUUUGUGAAAGAAAAGAUCGAAAAUAAUAUUGGAGACAUAGUUGUGCUUGCCGGAGUUUCAGGUGGUGGAAAAACAUCGACAACGUUUGGAAUAGCUAUGCAACGUUGGUCCAUAUAUAUUGAAUUUUCUCCUAGCGCAGGAACGUAUGAUGACCAUGUAGGGAGAGAGCUUGAUGUAAUUAUAGAUGAACGAUCAAAGUUUGAACAGCGUGAUCAGCAAAGGCAUGUAUUUCGUAUGCUAGACAUGGUAAUACUCUCACGCGGACUUUUACUUAUAAAGAUGCUCGUCGAGAAAAAUAUUUUGACGCCAAAAGAAUGGCUAUUUGCACAGCUUCGAAUGAAUGACUCUAAGAUUCGAAUGAAAUUGGCUCAUGAAAAUUAUAAUAUUCUUAAUAUUAAUGCACUUAUCGAAAGUAUCAAUGCUUGUCUCAAUGUAGAGUCUCUAACCUUAAUAUUUGAUGAGGCGCAAGUUCUAUGUAGAUCCGAGUAUGGAGAAUACAAAAGGAGCUCAGUUCCAAACAAAAAAUGGAAUCUCUUGCAGGCUUACAUUGAACAUCUUACUCAUCUUCCUGUUACCUGUCUUCUUGCCGGUACUUACAUGCAUAUGUCAAGCGGAAUUUCUCUUGUUACUAGUGUUGGAAAAAAUCGAGGUUUGAAGGAUCAUAUUGUGCUAAAGCUUCCCUUCCUUUCACAUAAUGAUGUCCUGCGGAAUCUCAAUGCUGUAAUUGACCUGACAGAUGUUUCACCCAAAAUUCUUAACUUCUUGGGAUGUCUUCUCAGGGGCCGACCUCGAAACUGUGCAUCGUUUGUUAGGCUAUUGAUAUCAGAGCGGAUUUCAAUUAAUAGAACGAAAGAUCAAAAAACUCAAGAAAUUACUAAACUUAUUAAGAAGUGGUAUGAAAUGAUUUGCAAGGACAUGGCAGAAUAUUUGGAAAAUGCGUGUAAAUAUUUGGAUGCUAAUAAUCUCAAUCCAGAUAGAGCAAUUAUAGAUGUUCUUAGGCUUUGUGUUUUUUAUAAUCAAAAGUACGAAUCAGCCAUAAAGCUUCUUCAACACAGCAUCAUUCCUUGCAAGUCACCAGAAUGCAUCACUCUUGGAUCUAGUGAACUUAUUCCUGAUAUAAUUGAAAUUAACACAUCAUUUGAAUCUUACAUCGUCUCUAGCAUAGAACUUUUUCUUAAAAACACAAGAAGAAAAACUUUGGUAGAAGUCUUUAUUGAUGAAAUUAUCAGGCUCGAUAGCAUUCCAUCAAUUGGUAAUGAAUUUGAUGCAAUCUUUAUUACAGCAAUCAUUCAAAAACGUGGGCUUAAUGUGCGAGAGGAACUUAACAGGUGGAAAAAUGGUCAACAAUUUGAUCUUCCUUCAUGGAUUACUCCCACGAUGAAAUUUGUAACAAUUUCAAAUCUAUCAAAAGCAGUUCCUAUAGCCAAAUAUGUUGAUGAUGAAACUUAUAGCUAUUAUGCAAUCCAACCAGACACCUAUUCAGGGUCGGACUUGGUUAUUUCUCUUGUGGAUGAUAAGCAAAACAUAGUACUGUUAUCAGCAAGCUGUACAGUUUCUGGAAGUCUUAUUGAGCGAGACAAGGUUAAAAAGCAGUUAAUCAAGUCAUGUAUGAAAUUUCAGUAUAUGGAAUGCCCGAGAAGGAGAAAAAACUUUGAAACUGUAGAAUUUUCUCCUUGUAAAAAAAGAACACGUCUCCAAACAGGUCUUGGUGUAAUUCCCGAUGAUACCACGGCCAAAGAGAAUGACUCAGAAGAGGACGAGGGUGACUUAAAAGAGGAAAAGUAUCAACAAGAUUUAAACUUUGAUGAUGUAGAUUAUGAUUUGGACUACACUAAAAGCAUCGAGAAAUACCGGAUAUCUAAUGUCUCUGAGCGUGCAGAGAACCAUGAGAAAAUCAAAACCUCAACUGAGAAUCAAAAACAUAUUUGUGUUUCAGUGGAACUUCCUCGUAGACGUGGUAAAAGACCAGAAUUGUUUCGGUUCAAUGAAUAUGGGGAUCUUGUGAUUAUUGUUGAUGAUC